GCAGCUCAAAAUUCCAAAAAGCACUCCUGCUUGGCUGUGCGUAAACGUAAGUUAACACCUUGGAGUGGGCAAAAACUUGUUUGAACAUAGACCACACAUUUACAGUGAAAAGGCUGUCCGAAUUGUGCAUGAAGUUGCUGAAGGGUCGAUUGUUUAACCUCCAUGUUGAAGGAUUUUCCCCCAGAGCCAAUGACCAAAUAUUGCUCUGUGUCCGAGUUGCGUCUGGUUGCAGCCUCUUCUGGUGGUAACGUUAUUCGUUUUUUUAUUUUUAUUUUUUAUCUCGGCACUAAAAUUACAACCAUCUGCGGUUGUUUGACACAUUAAAGUGUUUGUUAUAAAGCAAGUGGCUACUUUAACGUUACUACAGUCGAUGUCGUGUAACGUUAACAUCUGAUAAUAUGUUAUCUAGCUAGCUGAUGUUACGCUAGUCCAGUCCUUAGCUGGCUAGUGUCUGAGGUUAGCAGCAAUUACUUCAGGCUGUCGAUGACUUUAUGUCUUUUUCUGGCAUUACAGUCUCAUCUGGUAAAUAAGUAGACGUGUUAUGUGACCUUAACACUUUCGUGUUAGUGACGCCCAACUAACCUUUUUGUCAGUGGAACGACACAUUGUCAGCUAGCUACUAUUAGCUUCGUCGCUUGUGAGGUUGCUGUUCAAUAGCUGGCUAUCGACAGCUUUCUUGAGACCCUUGUCACUGUUAACGUCACACUACCAAAUAUCACGUCGAUGGAAAUGUGAUUUGAUGAACACAUAACAGUAGAUAUGAUCUUAGGACGACCUGCGCCUCUCACUGUUUGUCUAUCAGUGGGAGUAUAUCCUGGGCACUGAAAAAGGAUGGGCUCAUUGUCAGAAGAAAAAAAUCCUCAUGACAGCCAGAUAACAUCAAUUGAUAUUACCACAUAUCGAUUACCAUCCUACACGACAAGCAACACGGUGUGGAAAGAGAACACGUAUGGACUGGAAGUGACAUUUGAGAGCAGAGUUGCCCGCAAUUGCAAAGGUCCCUAACGUAUUCACCUGUGCAGUUUUGAAGAUGGCACUUAGUGGGGCUAGUCUGCUAUCCCGUCCGGGGAAUAGUGUAGCCCAUUCGGCCGCCUCGCCAUCGAACUCCACUGUGUCCACGACGCCCACUGCUGAGUCCAACCGAGGAUGUGCGAAUGGUGACCUGAUGGACACCUUUGGGAUAUUCCUCCAAGGUCUUUUAGCGGUUGUGGCAUUCAGUACAUUGAUGUUGAAACGGUUCAGGGAGCCCAAGCAUGAGAGAAGGCCCUGGAAAAUCUGGUUCUUGGACACGUCGAAACAGGCCAUCGGGAUGCUGUUCAUUCACUUUGCGAACGUCUAUUUGUCUGACCUCACUGAGCAAGACCCCUGUUCUCUAUACCUCAUCAACUUCCUACUAGACGCUACCCUGGGCAUGCUGUUCAUCUACGCAGGUGUGCGAGCUGUCAGUGCUGUGGUCGAGUGGCGGCAGUGGGAGCGUUUGCGUUUUGGAGAAUACGGUGAGCCAAUCCAGUGUAGUGCCUGGGCAGGUCAGUGUGCCCUCUACAUUCUCAUCAUGAUGUUCGAGAAGGUUCUCAUCAUGCUGGUGCUGCUGAUGCCCCAGUGGAAGAAGGUCAGCAAAGGCUUAUGGCUAGCUCCCCUGAAUCCCAUAACCAAUCCACAGUUGGAGCUGGCCAUCGUUAUGCUCAUCGUCCCGUUCUUCGUCAAUGCCCUGAUGUUCUGGGUGGUGGAUAACUUCCUGAUGAAGAAAGGCCGGACAAAAGCCAAGCUGGAGGAGAGGGAAGGAGGAGACGAGUCCCGCGGCAACCCCAAGGUCCGCUACAGACGUGCCCUCUCCCACGACGACUCUGAGUCAGAGAUCCUGUUUUCAGCUGAUGACGAGAUGGAGGACUCGGACGGCGAUGACGACAUAAGGCGCCUCAGUGGCCACAAGACGGUCAAAAAGAAGAAACACCGCAUGGGCAUUCCAGUCUGAUGAUGUCGACGAACAUGCCCAUACCUCACACACCUCUCUUCUCAACGUCUUUGGACAGAAGCCUAGCAAACAGAGGUCAAGGCUUUGCUGAACUCGGGGUCAUUGUUAAGAGCACAAAAGCACAGGUCUUCACUCAGCCCCUUAAAGAUUGCCUUCUUCCUUCAUGGUGUCUCCACAGAACCAGCGUUUUUGGAAGCCAGAUUUGAUCAGAGGUUCAUGGGAGGUUGCUCCACCAGAUGUGUCCAUGAUCAAACAGAAUUGUUUUCUUCCCUCAUAGGCGCCGUCCUGUGCACUGUUUUCAGGAACUUUUCAAAUGCGAUGUGCUGCUGCGUUAGCAACUACUCGGGUCUUAUAGUAACGCCUGAUCUGCCUGAUAGACGCUGGCGCAGCUUCUCAAGUGUCCCGUCACCGCUUCUCUACUGUGCCCAUAUCUAUCCAGCACACUGAUAUAACAUGUUCAGACGUCUCCUGGCUCUGGCUAAGGCAGAAACUUAUUCGUCAUGUAAGUGAGAGAGAUCGGCACCAUGUCUUUCCAGCCUUGAAACAAACUCGCUCUUAAUGGAAUUUGACACUGUAUCUCCCUUUUUCUCAGAAAGAGGCAAAUAUUUAUGCAUUCACCCAUACAGUGAUUGUAUUUGUUGCAUAGAUUAGAGUUCCUUUAUUAGUCUUGCUAAAUAUGUGUACUCUGUAUCCUCUUGCUAGACUGAAAUGGCCGCAUUCCACCUCUUGAGGGCAGUUGUGUUGUGGUUCAAUUGUUAAGUCAUUGGUCAGGGUGUCGUUACUCUGGAAAUCAGAUGUAUCUAACAAGGUCAUGGAGUUGAAAUGGUUAUGGAGAUAAUUUACUAACUGUCAUACGAGACUAAUACCUAUAGUUAUGCUCAUUUUUUUUUUUUUAACUGAAGCAAAUCUGUGGGAGUAUGCGAUUGUAUAUGAGUAUAUGAUUGCUUUUGUCAGGGAAUGGUGUUCUUGAAGGGAUCAAAUUGCCUUUGGGGAUUUAUGUUUGCUGUGACCUGGGGUGGGGGUGUCCUCUUAACAUUUCUGUGUCUGUUUUGCAUCUACCUCCCCUUGUCGAUCUUCCAUUGUCAUUGUCUGUGUUACAGUACAAACCUGGGACUCGCCUGCCCUGUUUGUGUAUUUAUGUGCGGUUGUGGUUCAUUUGGAUUAUUUUUUUUCCCCCCUGUUAGUUUUUCUGUUGUUAAUUUUGAUGUUCUUCCAGCCUGCUGGCCUCACUUAUUCCAGGUUGGAGAUUUGGGGAAAG